CUCCAGCAAGGGCAACCUGCAGAGAUGUCCCCAGUCCUUCGCUUCUAUGUCCUUUCCUGUGGCCAUGAGAGUGCAGCCUUUGGACAGACUCGAACGAAGCUGCAGGAGAAGCUGCCAGAGCUGCAGGGUGUCAAGAUGGAGCUGUGCUACAAUGUUAACUGGACAGCUGAAUCCCUCCCAAGCACCAAAGAGAUGAAUAAGCUGAAGUGGCUGUUUGGCUGCCCCUUGUUGCAGGAUGAUGUUGGUCACAAGUCCUGGCUCUUUCCCGGCCCCAAUGACCUGGUGCUGGAGGUCGGGCCCAGGCUGAACUUCUCCACCCCAACAUCCACUAACAUCGUGUCAGUGUGUCAGGCUGCUGGGCUGGAAGCAGUGGGUCGUGUGGAGACUACUCGGCGCUAUUGGCUCUCGUUUACCCACCCCCCUCCAGCUGUGGUGAAGACCGUCGCUCUUGUUACCCUGUAUGACCGGAUGACAGAACAGUACUUCCCCCAUCCCAUCCAGAGCUUUUCUCCUGAGUGCACCCCAGCAUCCCUCAAUGGCCCCAUCGACAUACUGGGCGAGGGCCGGCCUGCCUUGGAGAAGGCCAACCAGAAGUUAGGUUUGGCCCUAGAUUCCUGGGACUUGGAUUUCUACACCAAACGUUUCCAGGAGCUGCAGCGGAACCCCACCACCGUGGAGGCCUUUGACUUGGCCCAGUCCAACAGCGAACACAGCCGACAUUGGUUCUUCAAGGGCCGGCUCCACUUGGAUGGGCAGGAGCUGGCUCACUCUCUGUUUGAGUCCAUCAUGAGCACCCAGGCAUCCUCCAACCCCAACAACAUCCUCAAGUUCUGUGACAACAGCAGUGCAAUCCAGGGAAAGGAAGUCAGAUUCCUGCGGCCUGAGGACCCUACACAGCCAAGCUGCUUCCAGGAACAGCAGGGGCUGAGACAUGUUGUCUUCACAGCGGAGACUCACAAUUUCCCCACAGGAGUAGCCCCUUUCAGCGGUGCCACUACCGGUACUGGGGGCCGGAUCCGAGAUGUUCAGUGCACAGGCCGUGGGGCCCACGUAGUAGCUGGUACUGCCGGCUAUUGCUUUGGAAACCUGCACAUCCCAGGUUACAGUUUGCCCUGGGAGGACCCGAGCUUCUUGUAUCCUGGAAAUUUUGCCCGGCCCCUGGAGGUUGCCAUUGAAGCCAGUAAUGGGGCUUCUGACUACGGCAACAAGUUUGGGGAACCGGUGCUGGCAGGCUUCUCCCGCUCCUUGGGCCUCCAGCUCCCUGAUGGCCAGCGGCGUGAGUGGAUCAAGCCCAUCAUGUUCAGUGGAGGUAUCGGGUUCAUGGAAGCUGAGCAUGUGAGCAAGGAGUCCCCAGAGCCAGGCAUGGAGGUUGUGAAGGUUGGGGGGCCUGUGUAUAGGAUUGGAGUUGGAGGUGGAGCUGCUUCAUCUGUUCAGGUGCAAGGAGACAACACCAGUGACCUGGACUUUGAUGCUGUGCAGCGGGGGGACCCAGAGAUGGAACAGAAGAUGAACCGUGUGAUUCGGGCUUGUGUGGAAGCCUCCAGGGGAAACCCUAUCUGCAGCCUCCACGACCAGGGCGCUGGUGGCAAUGGCAAUGUCCUGAAGGAGUUGAGUGACCCAGCUGGAGCCGUCAUUUACACCAGUCGCUUCCAGCUUGGGGACCCAACCCUGACUGCCCUGGAAAUCUGGGGGGCUGAGUACCAGGAGUCAAAUGCACUCCUGCUGAGAGCCCCUGACAAGGACUUUCUGAGUCGGGUCAGUGCUCGGGAACGCUGCCCAGUCUGCUUCGUGGGCACUAUCACAGGAGACAGGAGGAUAGUGCUGGUGGAUGAUCGGGGGUGUCCUGUGGGAAGAAAUGGCGAGGGAGACGCCCCUGCAAUUCUUCCUCCGACUCCUGUGGACCUGGAGCUGGAGUGGGUGCUGGGCAAGAUGCCUCGGAAGGAGUUUUUCCUUCAGAGGCAUCCUCCUAUGCUGCGGCCGCUGGCCUUGCCCCCAGGGCUGAGCGUGCACCUGGCACUGGAGCGGGUUUUGAGGCUGCCAGCUGUGGCCAGCAAGCGCUACCUCACCAACAAGGUGGACCGCUCCGUGGGUGGUCUGGUGGCGCAGCAGCAGUGUGUCGGGCCACUGCAGACUCCUCUGGCAGAUGUAGCAGUUGUGGCACUGAGUCACCAGGAGCUUGUGGGUGCCGCUACGGCCCUGGGAGAGCAGCCAGUCAAGAGCCUGCUGGACCCCAAGGUCGCUGCCCGGCUGGCUGUGGCAGAGGCCCUCACCAACCUGGUUUUUGCUCUGGUCACUGACCUGCGGGAUGUGAAGUGCAGUGGGAACUGGAUGUGGGCAGCCAAGCUCCCAGGAGAGGGCGCCUCUCUGGCUGAUGCCUGUGAGGCCAUGGUGGCAGUGAUGGCAGCCCUGGGCAUAGCAGUAGACGGUGGCAAAGACUCUCUCAGCAUGGCUGCCCGGGUGGGCACUGAUACUGUGAAGGCUCCUGGGUCCCUGGUCAUCUCAGCCUAUGCUGUGUGUCCGGAUAUCACAGCCACUGUGACCCCGGACCUCAAGCAUCCUGGAGGGAAAGGUCGUCUGCUCUACGUGCCUCUGAGCCCUGGGAGGCACCGGCUGGGGGGCACGGCUCUGGCCCAGUGCUUCUCCCAGCUUGGGGAGCAGCCUCCCGACCUGGAUCUUCCUGAGAACUUGGUGCGUGCCUUCACCAUCACCCAGGGGCUGCUGAAGGACCGCCGCCUUUGCUCAGGCCAUGAUGUCAGUGACGGAGGUCUCAUCACCUGCCUACUGGAGAUGGCCUUUGCUGGGAAUUGUGGGAUAGAGGUGGACGUGCCUGCCCCUGGGGUUGAUGCACUGUCUGUACUAUUUGCGGAAGAACCAGGGCUGGUGCUGGAGGUGCAGGAACCAGACCUCACCCAAGUGCUGAAGUGUUACCGGGAUACUGGCCUGCACUGCCUAGAGCUGGGCCGCACGGGCAGUGCUGGGCCCCACACCAUGGUACGAGUGGCAGUGAAUGGGACUCUGGUUCUGGAGGAGCCUGUGGGGCAGCUGCGAGCCCUCUGGGAGGAGACGAGCUUCCAGCUGGACCGCAUGCAGGCAGAGCCACGCUGCGUGGCAGAGGAGGAGCAGGGGCUGAGGGAGCGGACAGGGCCCACCUACUGCCUGCCCCCCACCUUUCCCAAAGCUUCUGUGCCCAGGGAACCUGGUGGCCCUGCCCCCCGAGUUGCCAUCUUACGAGAGGAGGGUAGUAAUGGAGACCGGGAGAUGGCCGAUGCCUUCCAUUUGGCUGGGUUUGAGGUGUGGGAUGUGACCAUGCAGGAUCUCUGCUCUGGGACCAUUGGGCUGGACACCUUCCAGGGUUUGGCUUUUGUGGGCGGCUUCAGCUAUGCAGAUGUACUGGGCUCUGCCAAAGGGUGGGCGGCUGCUAUCACUUUUCAUCCAAAGGCCGGGCCUGAGCUGUGGCGUUUCCGGAAGCGGUCAGACACCUUCAGCCUGGGUGUGUGCAAUGGUUGUCAGCUGCUGGCUUUGCUGGGCUGGGUCGGAAGUGACCCCCAAAAGGAAGCUGUGGAGACGAGCUGUGACUCCUGGCCAGCCCAGCCAGGCCUCCUGCUGCGCCACAACCUGUCAGGGCGUUAUGAGUCUCGCUGGGCCAGUGUGCGUGUGGGACCUGGGCCGGCCCUGAUGCUUCAAGGGAUGGAGGGCGCUGUGCUGCCUGUCUGGAGCGCCCACGGUGAAGGCUACAUGACAUUUUAUCCUCCGGAACUCCAAGCCCAGAUCGAGGCCAGGGGCUUGGCUCCACUGCAGUGGGCAGAUGAUGACGGGAACCCCACAGAGCAAUACCCACUGAAUCCCAACGGCUCCCCGGGGGGUGUGGCUGGCGUUUGUUCGCCUGAUGGCCGCCACCUGGCUCUCAUGCCUCACCCUGAGCGGGCUGUGAGGCCUUGGCAGUGGGCGUGGCGGCCCCCUCCGUUUGACUCUCUGACCACCUCCCCCUGGCUCCAGCUCUUCAUCAAUGCCCGAAACUGGGUCCGGGAGGGAGGCUGCUGAGCAGGCCGGGCAGUUCACACAGGACUCGUGUUGGGCCCUGGGGUGUCUGCUGCUCUCCUCCCCCAUCAUCUGCAGAAGCCGCC